ACUUGAUGGAAGGUUGGAUUGAGCGCCUCUCCUCUCCUCCCUCUCCUCUCCCUCUUCUUUUUACCGGGACAGCACGAGACUGGAACGGGACACUAACGGGACCCGAGGCAGAGUGAGAGAAGAGAAGAAUCAGGAGACAGAAUAUCGGCAGAAGUAAAGGACUGCAGACACCUGCCAGUCAAGACUUACCUGAAAGAGACCACAGCACUCUCUCCCUCUUUUUACCUCUUCUCUUUAUUUCUCUCUCAAUCCCGCUCUCUCUCUAAUGGGAGUAACUUAGAACAUGUUGUUCCAUCUCAUGCCCCGCCCCCUCCCUGUGUUUCCGUGGUGAUGGAAGCGCCCAGCAGGAAGUGAUGUCGUGGAAGAGGAACUACUUUGCGUCGGGCGGUGGCAGCGGAAGUCCCGGUGGAGGUCUACAGGGCCUGAUCACGACCCCGCGGACUAUGGCCUCCUUUGCCCCGAGUAAAGGACUCAGCAACGAACCUGGACAGAACAGCUGCUUUCUAAACAGUGCCCUGCAGGUUCUGUGGCAUCUGGAUAUCUUCCGUAGAAGUUUCCGGCAGCUGACCACUCACAAGUGUAUGGAAGACUCUUGCAUCUUCUGUGCCCUCAAGAGUAUCUUUGCCCAAUUCCAGUUCAGCAGUGAGCGUGUGUUACCGUCGGACGUGUUGCGGAGUGCGCUGGCCAAGACCUUCCAGGACGAACAGCGUUUCCAGCUGGGGAUCAUGGACGACGCAGCAGAAUGCUUCGAGAACCUGCUGAUGCGUAUCCAUUUCCACAUCAGCGCCGAGACCAGAGAGGACAUCUGUACAGCUGAACACUGUAUACCACACCAGAAGUUCGCCAUGACGCUGUUCGAACAGUGUGUCUGUAAUAGUUGUGGAGCCACGUCGGACCCCCUUCCCUUCAUUCAGAUGGUUCACUAUAUCUCUACCACGUCCCUCUGUAACCAGGCUGUGAGGAUGUUAGAGUGCAGAGAGAAGCCCACGCCCGACAUGUUUGGAGAGCUGCUCCGCAACGCCAGCAACAUGGGAGACCUACGCAACUGCCCGAGUAACUGUGGGGAGGUGUUGCGUAUCCGCCGUGUGUUGAUGAACUCUCCAGAGAUAGUGUCCAUCGGCCUGGUCUGGGAUUCAGACCACUCGGACCUGGCUGAGGACGUCAUUCACAGCCUGGGCACCUGUCUACGCCUGGGGGAUUUGUUCUACCGUGUGACAGAGGAGAGGGCUCGUCAGGCUGAGCUGUACCUGGUUGGUAUGGUGUGCUACUAUGGUAAACACUACUCCACAUUCUUCUUCCAGACUAAGAUACGCAAGUGGAUGUACUUCGACGACGCUCAUGUCAAAGAGAUCGGUCCUAAGUGGAAGGAUGUGGUGGCGCGGUGUAUAAAGGGUCACUACCAGCCUCUAUUGCUGCUCUAUGCUGACCCCCGAGGGACGCCGGUGGUAUCGCAAGACAACCCCUCCUCUAACCCCCAGCUGGACCUGCACUGCAGCAAGGCUGGCUAUGACAGCGAGGACUCUGGGCGGGAGCCCUCCAUAUCCAGUGAUACCCGUACAGAUUCCUCAGACAGCUCCAGCCACCGAGCAUCUCGAAAUCGCUCUCUCCACCAGUCAACAGGCAGCCACCUGUCCAAUGAUUCGCAGACCACCGUGGUCGGUAACCAUGACAGCGGCACUCCUGUACACAGUGCAGACGCAACAGACUCAGUAGCAGAGGCUCCCCCCCGUCCACCCUCCCCGACCCUGCAGCAGGGGGACUAUAAAGAGACAGCUGUGUUCCUCCUCUCCUCUCGUCGUCCCAUGUCGUCGUGCUCUUCCUCCCAUGCCGCCUCCUUUACCUGUUCCUCCUAUCCCGUCUCCUCCUCCUCUUCCUCCCGUCCCAUGUCCUCUUCCUCUUCCUCGGGUAUAGGGGGGUCUGUGCUGGGAUCUGAGGCAGGGGCCGUGGGGCCUCACUGGGAGGAUGAGAGCACUAGCAGCGAGUCCAAGUCUAGUUCUUCUGGUGGUCGAUGUUAUCGGCCGGCCUGGAGGCCACGGAGGGAGGCCCUGAACAUCGACAGCAUCUUUACCCGCCAGAGAGGCUCUCCGCUGGGCUACAGCACCCUGCCCGGGCCCGGUCUACCUCCAAAGCUCCAUCAACACUGUCCAACUAACAUGCCUGAUCUGCAAGGGGCAGGAGAGGUGGCCUGGGGUGUAGGGGGCUUGGGGGGAGACACUGAGGGGGUGGCUGGGGUGGCAGGGAAGCCUGGGUUGCUAGGCAACGGUACGGACUGCCCCCCUCCUCCUCCCCUGUUGAGAGGGGCGGAGCUUCAGCCUUGUCUGAUCCAGAGAAUGGAGAGUGGCUACGAGAGCAGCGAGAGGAACAGCAGCAGCCCUGACAGGGAGGUAGGUCAGAAGCGUGUGUUGAUGUCUGGUCCAUCGUGGCGCUCGGUGCCCAAGUCUAAGAGCACCAGUGCCAUCCUGCAGGAGCUGCCAGCACCUAGCUGGGGCAGGAACAACAACCUGGGCGCUGGCCGUAGCGAGCUGGAUGAGCUUCAGGAGGAGGUGGCGAGGAGAGCGAGGCAGCAGGAGCAGCAGAGGAGGAAAGAGGCAGAGAGAGAAGCUGCCCUGGGCUUCAACCCCAGACCCUCUAAAUACAUGGACUUAGACCAGCUGCAACACCAGGCUGUGCUCAGCCCCUUGCAUGAGGCUAAUGCUCAUAGUGGAUUGGCUGUAGCUGCGUGCAUGAGGAGCACUUGGGAACCAAUCACACAGGAUUUGGAGCAGGAGACAAGAAGCGCCCGUCCACAGGGGCAUCUCAGUGAACAGCCUGGCCCGCUCCAAGUACUGCUGACGCCCAAUCAGGAGGGGGAAGAGGUCCGGCCAGCCUACCAGGAUGCAGCCCUGGGCCCUGGCCAGCCCUCUCUCUCCUAUAGACCCUCCCCCAACCUUAUCCCUUUCCACUCAUCCCUCCAACCCCCUCCCACCAACAACCCCCCAGCACAGGUUGAGGAGGGGAGAGAACAGGUCAGGAGGGAGGAGGAUGGGGGGAUGAGUGAGGUCAGGGGACAGGGACUGAGGAAAGUUGAGGAGGGGGAGCGGGUGAGGAGGGGUGAGGAAAGACAGGGGAUGAGGCUGGAAGAGUUGUUACAGGUUGGGGGUGUGUGUGUGAGACCUCUAGGCAGACACCUGGCCAUCUCUCUUCCCUCUCUACCUCUCAGACUCUGGGAUAUAUCAGACACACACACUACCCCCUCACACACAUAUUCACACUCUGACUCCCAACACACACAACCUCCACCCCCACAUUCAAACCCUGACUCCUCACACAUAUAUACAAACCCUGAGCCCCCACACAAACAGUCUGACCCUACACCCACCCCCCCCUCAUCCCGCAGUCAGCCCCACCCCUCUCCCCCCACCGUCUCUUCUGAUUGGCCCAAUCAAGGUUCUGCCUCCAACACCAUCACAAGUCAUUGGUCCUCCUGGAGCUUGGACCGCCCAGAUGCCGUGGUUACGCCAUAUGACACACCUCCAGACUGCUGCCUCCCCAUUAAGGCACACCUCUCCCACCGAAAAUACAACUCCCAGCCUGCCCCUGGGCAGCAUGACACCUGUGACCCUGAGGAGGCGGAGUUAUCAGAGCUGGACUUCCUGUACCGGGCCAGCCUCCAGGCAGGAAGUAGAGGUGGCAGCCCGGCCGGGAGGCUGCAGUGUGGGGUAAGAGGGCCAGCCCGCUCCCUCACUCCCAACACCAACAUGGAGAGGAGUGUGUACCGGACUGACAGCAACAGCACAAUUGUCCGCAGUCUGAGCGGCACAGUCAUCAACCCGCGUCGCCAUCGUCUCACUGCAGCACGCAGCUUUGAGAUGCCCAAUGGCGUGGGGAGUUUCUGGUGUCUGAUGGGGGUGAAGCUGACUUCAGACCACUUAAGACAGUGGUCUUCAGACCACUGACCUGCCUCCAUAUGCAUCUACGCUACAGGAACCUCCUAGGGCAGCUCUCUGGGCUCCUAACCCUCCACACUGCUACAGGCACCUCCCAGGGCAGCUUGAUGGGGUCCUUACCCUCCACACCAUUACAGGAAACUCGUAGGGCAGCUCUCUGGGGUCCUAACCCUCCACACCGCUACAAGCACAUCCCAGGUUGGACCUCUAGGGUCCUAACCCUCCACACUGCUACAGGCACAUCCCAGGGCAGCCUUCUAGGGUCCUAACCCUCCACAGUGCUACAGGCACCUCCCAGGGCAGCUCUCUGGGAUCCUAACCCUCCACACCGCUAAAGGCACCUCCCAGGACAGCUCUUUGCGGUCCUUACCCUCCACACCGCUACAGGCAGCUCCUAGGGCAGACAUCCGGAGUCCUAACCCUCCACACCGCUUCCAAGGCAGCCCUGCACCUCACCCACCGCCACAAUAGGGGGUUGGUCUAGGACCCCCCAACCUCAAACACACACCUCUCCCCACGUCCGUCCCUCAGUGGUCUACUAACCUCCCUCUAUCCCCAUCUCGCGCCCUCCGCCCUUCUUCAACUAUUCAGUCUAUGCAGUCAUUCUCAGUCCCCCUUAGCAGGAAUUACUCUGAAACCCAAAACAACAAACUCACCUAAUUACUCUUCUAGCUAGCUAGCUUGUGACUUGCUAGCCUGUUAGCCUCCUAAUAUAGUCAGACUCUGAACGUUAUCCUGCUAGCCUGCCCCUCUUUGGGUCUAUAAAGGAGGGAGUAGAUUAGCUAGCCUGGUUUAGCCUCUGAUCUCCCUGCUUUAUCUGCCUCAAUCAGAGGUUGCUCUGGAACCUUUAGGUGACUGAAAGAUCCACAGGGGGUUACUGAUAAGCCACGGCUUCUUCCUUUUUCUUCAUGGGCAUUUCCUGUCUGAUGACAGCACAGCACACCUGGAUAUGUUGUUUCCACAGGAACCCCAGGACUAGUGCGUACGUGCCUACAUAGCUACGUAUAGACUGAACUCUAAUAAUAACUAAAGUCAUGUACAGAAAAACGAUAUAUGAAACCUGUAUGUUAUUAAGACCUUAUGGAAUGUUCAUAUUAAUAAUGAUAAUAAUGAAGAUAUUGAUAACUUUAGUGGUGACUCCUGGUCCUGAAUUGAGUGACCUUCACAAGUGUCCAGCUGGAGGUCACCUGACUGACCGUUGUAAUGGCUAACGCUGCUCUCCCAUUUCUAUCGGGAGAAACUACCUUUUAUUUUUUUUGCACACCUGAUGUAACGUGAGAGAGAGCUAUGAUAGAGGUAGGGUAAUGGAACUAAAUUGUAAUUUGGGAAGGGUAUUUGUUGAAGGGUACUUAGGAAAGUGUACUAGCUUAAUGGUACUUGCUGAAGUGUACUUGAUGAAGGGUAAAUGUAAUCUAAUUUAUUUGAGGCCUCAGGUUAACAUGAUUGGUUCUUAGUUACUGAGAUUCUUUAUCUUCUGGACCUUUCAGUUCAGCUCUGACCCUGAUGUUACUCAGAUAUGAAUGGUGAAACACUAUAUUAUAAAUAUACUUUAUAUGUACUGUAUGUAUUAGAGAUAUAUUUUAAGGCCAUGACAUGAUAUACUUUUAUCAUGGAAAUGUCUCUCAUCCUCCAGUUAUAACAGGGUUAGUAAGUAACACAUUUUAUUUAUCUGACUUACCCCUAACUGAAUAACACUGACAUGUCUUGAAAAUGUUACGAUAUGAUUUAACCUACUGAACAUGUUAUGACAUAAUAUGUACAUAUAAUAUGUAUGUACAGUACAUACAUAAUAAGUACAUACAUUUAAUACAUUAUAACUAAUCCCUAUUUGGAGACCAAUGGCCCAGUGCAGAAUGAGAUCUAGACAGAACUGAUACAUGAUUGUUGUAUUUAAACCAAAGGUUGGCACUUAGACAAAGACACAGAUCUGUCUUUAACAUUGUGAUUUAAAAAAAAAUGUAUUUAUUAAUUUGUUUAUUUUGUUGCUGUUUGUGUUGUGGAUGUUGGAGAAUGUAGCCAACUGUAGCGCAUGAGUCUGCUAUGCAAAUCAACCUUCCCUCCUGACCCUUGACCUCUGACCUGACAGGCAGGAAGUGGACACGCCCACGAACGGACGCUUUAUUUACGAAAUUAAGUAAAGAAGAUACGUGAUUAAAUGCUGCUGUUGAACUCUGUAGUAAGUCAUAGGCUCGAUCUCAAAUGGCACCCAACUCCCUAUGUAGUACACACCAAUUUUGGCUAGAGCCCUACAUAGGGAAUAGGGUGUGAUUUCCGAUUUGUGCCAUAUACAUACAUAGUACUGAAGUGGUUCACUAUGUAGUAAGAAGGCAUACUGUGUAUACUAUGCUUGGAACAGCCAAUGGAAAUUCAAUGCAAAGAGAGAGAGGAAGAAAGAGCGACGAUGAAUGAAAGAAAGGAUGAAGUAGAGAGGAGAUAAAAGUAUGUCCUGUGUGUGAAAUAGAGAUGAAGUGAGGAUGAAAGAGGGCUAGGAGUCGUUUUUAGAGAGAGAGAUGUGUUUGUUUGUGUGUGUGUGUGUGUGUUGGUACUGGGUAUCAUUGCUUGGCGAACGAGGGAAAGAGGGAUCCUGUAUUUUUGCAAUAAAGUUAUUACCACUGCUCUCUUACUGGGGCGUAAUCACUCA